UUUUCUCCUGGACCAUGAGUUCUGUUCCGUCCAAUCUCAUUGGAGGGAAGACAGCUUCCAAACCUCAAACUCAAAGCAAGACAAAUCCAUAGCUGGUGUAAUAAUAACAAUUAAUUAUAAUUAAUAAUAAAUUACAAUUUUUUCUGAUUUGUUUUUAAGCUUCAGCCGGCGAAGUCGAAGCUUCCCACUUUCUCUAAAAAAGCUCAGCAUUUUUAAUUCGUUUCACUGAGUUUUGCUCUGAACGUGAAUGAAAAUGGAGUCACCUUUCAAGGCAGAUAUUAUGAAGGGAAAGGUGGCUUUGUUGACCGGAGGAGGAUCCGGAAUCGGGUUUGAAAUUUCUCUUCAAUUGGGCAAACAUGGCGCCUCCAUUGCCAUCAUGGGUCGGCGCAAAAGUGUUCUGGACUCCGCUGUUUCAGCUCUCCACUCUCUUGGCAUCCCUGCUAUCGGACUUGAGGGAGAUGUUCGCAAAAGAGAUGAUGCAGUGAAAGUUAUUGAAUCAACAGUUAAGUAUUUUGGCAGGCUUGACAUUCUUGUGAAUGCAGCUGCUGGAAAUUUCCUUGUGCCUGCUGAGGAUUUAUCUCCUAAUGGUUUUCGAACAGUGAUAGACAUAGAUUCAGUUGGCACUUUUACAAUGUGCCAUGAAGCAUUGAAGUAUCUUAAGAAAGGGGGACCUGGGAAGGACUCAUCCAGUGGUGGAACAAUAAUAAACAUUAGUGCGACUUUGCAUUAUACUGCGACUUGGUAUCAAAUUCAUGUAUCUGCUGCUAAGGCAGCUGUUGAUAGCAUUACAAGGAGCUUGGCACUGGAGUGGGGUACAGAUUAUGAUAUUAGAGUCAAUGGAAUUGCACCAGGACCUAUCGGAGACACAGCUGGAGUUAGUAAACUCGCGCCUGAUGAGAUAUUGAACAAAGAAAGACAGCAUAUGCCUCUGUUCAAAUUGGGGGAGAAAUGGGAUAUUGCAAUGGCUGCUAUUUAUCUUGCAUCUGAUGCAGGAAAAUAUGUCAACGGAACAACAAUGGCUGUCGAUGGAGGGCUAUGGCUAAGCAAACCGCGGCAUCUACCAAAAGAGGCGGUGAAGCAAGCAUCAAGAGCUGUAGAGAAGAGGUCAAGAGAUGCACCAGUUGGCAUUCCAAAAAGCAAGUUAUAAAUUUAUAAUGAUUAAAUUGAAUGAUCUCAUUACCCAACAGUUAUCUUGAAGUUCCAUAAGUGUGUUGCUAUGUAUUUCAAUCAACUUUUAGACUAUCUUCGAAUGGUUCUUUAUUAUAA